CUUCUGUCAACAAAAACCAUUGACCGAAGCUGGCAAUUAGCAAAGCUGCGAAGAGAGUGCAAAUUCUUCUGAUUGGAUUGUUUAUCCUCAAUUCUUAGGCCCUUUCUGAGAUAUUUUGUUGGUUUGUUAUUUCGAUCUUGGCAUCUAUUUCUUCAUAUUUUUAGAAUUUUUCAGUAUUGUGAGCUUACUGAUUCUAUGACGAGUUUUGAAAGGAUUGUAACUCAUCCUGCUACUGCUAUGGUUGCCCAAGAAGUGAUAGAACAACCUAAUGUCAACCUUGAAUCCCUAAAACAGGACCCACGGACAGGACAACUUCUUGUAACUGGUCGCAAGCGAUUUUGGGGUGAAGCUGCUCUUACAGUUGUUUAUCUUAUUAAUCGCAUUCCAUCAUCAGUCCUUAAUAACCAGUCUCCAUAUGAGCGUCUACAUGGUAUUCUUCCUGCUUAUAAUCUUCUUAAGGUUAUGGGAUUACACAAAAAGGAUAUCGUUGUUGGGAUCCUGUGUCAUAAAAACUCCGAGUUUCACGUCAUGUUGUCUUUUGGGAACACACUAUGUACAUUUGAUGAGCUCUACAAUGCCUCAUCACAUGCUCCAACUAGUUCUGUAGAAGAUGAUUUGCUUGCUGGUAAUACAUUAGAUAGUUUUGAGCCUUUUUCUACUUCCUCAUCUAUAUCACCUAUUGAUUCUACAAAUGAGCUUGUUGUCUUAUCCUCAAGUCAUCUUACUCGGGCCUCUUCUAACCCUUUUUGGCAACAAGCUAUGCAAGAUGAAUUACAAGCUCUUGAGAACACUCGUACAUGGGAUUUAGUUGAUCUCCAUGCUGAAAAAUCUCUAAUGGGGUGUAAAUGGGUGUACAAGAUCAAAACAAGAUCUGAUGGUUCUGUGGAGUGUUAUAAGGCACUCUUGGUUGCCAAGGGUUUUACACAGGAGUAUGGAAUCAACUAUGAGGAAACAUUUGCUCCAGUUGCUCAUCUUACAUCUAUGCACAGCUUGCUUGCUAUUGUUGCUAUGCAGAGAUGGAAAUUGUUUCAGAUGGAUGUGAAAAAUGCUUUUCUUAAUGGUGACAUAGAAGAAGAAGUUUAUAUGAAACCACCUCCUGGGCUCAACCAUCCUCUAAACAAGACUGCUCGGGGUAUGGUUCUUUUACUUCUUUAUGUUGAUGACAUGAUUAUUAUUGGAGAUGAUGUCACAGUGACCUCUUCAGAUGAUGGCUACCUACUUUCUCAAGUAAAGUAUGCCUUCGAUCUUGUUUCUAAAGAUGAACUCAAUGAUGGUAAGAGUGUUUCUACACCUCUUGAACUUAAUAUCAAGCUUACACCUAUGGAUGGCUCUUCACUUUCUAAUCCUACUCGUUAUUGGCAAUUGGUUGGUAGUUUGGUUUAUCUUAUUACGACCCACCCUGAUAUAGCAUAUGCAGUUCACAUUGUUAGUCAGUUUAUGGCUACUCCUCACUCCACUCAUUAUGCAGCAGUACUUCGUAUUAUUCGCUAUGUUAAGGGAACAUUAUUUCAUGGACUCCAUUUUUCUGCCAACUUCUCCCCUGUGCUUCGCUCUUACUCUAAUGCUAAUUGGGCCAGUAAUCCUUCUGAUCGUAGAUCUACCACUUGUUACUAUCUUUUUCUUGGUAAUUCUCUUAUCUCUUGGCGGAGUAAUAAACAAGCUAUUCCAUCUUGCUCUAGUACUGAAGCUGAGUAUAGAGCUCUCGGGGAUACCACAUCAGAACUUCUUUCAUUGUGAUGGCUUCUUGAAGAUAUGGGCAUUCCUCAACCUUCUUCUAUUAAUUUAUAUUGUGAUAAUCAAAGUGCUAUGCAGAUUGCUCAUAAUGAUGUCUUUCAUGAAUGCUCUAAACACAUUGAGGUUGAUUGUCACUUUAUUCGCCAUCAUGUUGCACAAGAAACUAUUCAUUUGGUUUUCGUUGGCUCCGCUGAUCAAUCAACAGAUCUCUUUACC